AAAAACCAUCAUCACCCUACCCUUUACUUCAAACUUUAAUUCAUUCUCAUUAAAAAGUCAUUUCUUCCUUCCCAUACCCAAACCCAAACCCCAUAAAUCAUAAUAUAACUCCUUCAACACCAAUUACGUACACAUAAUUCCUUUUGUGUUGUUUUAAUUCAUGAAUAAGUUACCAUAAAACCAUUAUAUUUCUUUGUUUUUUUAGCAUUAUUAAUUAUAAUAAUAAUAAUAAUAAUUAAUAAUGCUUCAGAAAUAUUAUUGGUUGAUUCUUUCCUGCAUUGCCUUGAUUUUUCUAUUUCAGUUUGGUGCUGCUGAUAAUCCUUACCGAUUCUUCGACUGGCAUGUCACCUAUGGCCAUGUUUAUCCCCUAGGCGUUCGACAACGGGGAAUUCUUAUCAAUAAGCAGUUUCCAGGUCCAGAUAUUAUUUGUGUGACUAAUGAUAAUCUCGUUAUCAACGUGUUUAAUCACUUGGAUGAGCCAUUUCUUAUUUCCUGGGAUGGGAUUCAACAAAGGAAAAAUUCAUAUGAAGAUGGAGUAUAUGGAACAACAUGCCCAAUUCCACCAGGAAAGAAUUUCACAUACAAAUUUCAAGUAAAGGAUCAAAUAGGAAGCUACUUUUACUUCCCUUCAACAGCAUUUCAUAAAGCUGCUGGUGGUUUUGGUGGAAUAAGGGUUCUUAGUAGACCUCUUAUUCCUGUUCCCUUUCCUCCUCCUGCUGAUGAUUUUACUCUUCUCAUUGGUGAUUGGUACAAAUCUAACCACACGAAAUUGAAGGCAAUUUUGGACCACGGAAAAAAGCUUCAUUUGCCUGAUGGAAUUCAUAUCAAUGGGCGACGAGCAAAUACUGCUAUUUUCAAUGUUGAAAAAGGUAAAACAUAUAGGUUUAGGAUAUCAAAUGUGGGAGUUCAAAACACACUUAACAUAAGAUUUCAAGACCAUAAGAUGAAGCUAGUAGAAGUGGAAGGGACACAUACUAUGCAACAACUCUAUUCAUCGUUAGACAUUCAUGUUGGUCAAUCUUAUUCCGUUCUAGUCACUGCUGAUCAGGAUGUCAAAGACUUCUACAUCGCAGUGUCAGACCGAUUCCACAAUGUGAUCCACACAACCACAGCAAUCCUCCACUAUAAGGGCUCCAACACCCCUGUGUCUGGCCCUCCUCCGGGUGGACCCACCUCCGAAAUUGGUUGGUCCCUCGAGCAAGCACGUACUAUAAGGACAAAUUUAACAGCAAGUGGACCAAGGCCAAACCCACAAGGAUCAUACCACUAUGGAGAAAUUCCAUUGAGCAGAACAAUCAAGCUUAGAAGCUCUGCAGCUCUAGUGAAUGGAAAGCAAAGAUAUGCUGUCAACAGUGUUUCAUUCAUUCCAGCAGAUACUCCUCUUAAGCUAGCAGAUUACUUCAACAUAUCGGGUGUUUUUCGAGUCAAUAGCAUCCCUGAUCACCCUACCGGAAAAAGCAUGUACCUUGACACAGGGGUUUUGGGAGCUGAUUACAGAACCUUCAUAGAGAUUGUUUUUGAAAACAAAGAGAACAUCAUUCAAAGUUGGCACCUUGAUGGCUAUAACUUUUUCGUUGUUGGAAUGGAUGGCGGAAAAUGGUCACCAGAGAAACGAACACAGUACAAUCUACACGACGCAAUUUCACGGUGCACAGUACAGGUAUACCCGAAAUCAUGGACAGCGGUGUAUCUUUCGUUGGAUAAUGUUGGGAUGUGGAACGUAAGGAGUCAGUUCUGGGCACGCCAAUACCUGGGAGAACAAUUUUACUUGAGAGUUUAUACAGCUUCACAUUCUUUAAGGGAUGAAUAUCUGUUACCUGAUAAUGCCCUUCGCUGUGGCAAAGCUCUCAAGUAAUUGUUAUUAUCUGUUAUAAACGGAGAAACUCUGCUAUUUUAAGUACUUGCAUAUUUAUGUGAGGGAAGUGAAUUGAAAUUAAUUAAAAAUCCCUUCUUGGGAUUUUAAAUUUUAUUAACAUUUUGAAUUGAAAUUUGUUUAUUGGGGAGAACUGGCAAACAACUCGAAUGCCAGUUUUAA